UCUCUCUCGCUGUCUCGGUGCUCGAUCCUCUCCGGCUCAAUAGUGAGUCUCCAUCUUUUCUUAUCCAUCACAGUUGAUCAUGCAUGACAUAUCAUCAGCCUGCUUGGGCCCGUCCGUCUUCGAUCGCGCCGCUGCGAUCCCUCCAUCGCCCAUCGCCCAUCCCAGUCUCCAGGCCUUGAGCCCGGAAUUCCCUCCCAAGCUCUCCAGCUCAACUGCGCCCCUUUACAUUCGUCAGCGGAUGCAUCGGUGGCUUUCGUCUAUUUUCCCUCUGCUGCUGGGCUUCAUUGCACUAAUCUUAUUCUCACGGUUCCUGUCCACUUUAUUCCUAUUCCCUCGGACAUUCUUACCUUUAUUUUUAUUCUGGCCCUCCUUGCUCUUCCUACCGUGGCUGUUGCUGUUACUUCAGCACCGAUCCCAACACUUUCGCCAUCGGUGGGCCUCUAUCGAUGUAGGAGGUCGAUCGACCCUCCGUCGCUUGUCUGCCUGCCUUGACUUAAAACCCACGAAGCUGUGGUCCUCGAGCUUUCAUCCUCGGUGGAUCGCUUUCUUUCUUCGACCUGUACCUAAUUGUCGGACCAGCGACCGGGGUCUUGGAGCAUUAGCCAGUCAUCACCUCGACUACCCGAUCCUUCCCUCCACAUUGGAGUCGAAAAGCAUUGUGAACAGACCAUUGCCUGGGUGAUCCAAGGCUUAAACUCUCGAGGUCCACCUCGCCUUCAUCCAUUCUCCGACUACUCAGGGGAUCUGACAUAUCGCACCUUACCACACCACAACAAUGCCUUUUCCUCCACGCGAAAAGGGGCGGAUGGCAAAACCUGGAAGAUCAGAAGAGGAAUUUGUGCUAUUUCUCCAAGGGAUCCCUGCGCACUGUCGUUGGCAAGAGCUCAAGGACUUGGUCCGUCAGACAGCCUUACAUAUCCGUCAAGCGGUAGUCUAUGACGACCAGCACGGGUUC